CUGGCCCCGCCCCGGUGAGGCCCCGCCCCCGGCGGACGCGGAGACGCAGCUGCGCAGCCAGAUCGGCUGCCCGGCGGACCCGCAGUGAACGCUGCCCCCUGCCCCCCAAGGCCUGGAUCCUGAGCCCACUAGCCGGCCGUUGAAGCCGGGGAGGAAUGGAGCCCCGGCCACAGCCCCCCACCCGUGACGGCCUGCAGGUGGAGACCCAAGAGGCCAGGGAGGUGGCGUUCCUGCCCGCCCGGAAGUACAGCCCCCUGCCUGCCAGGCCCCUGGGCAGCCGGGCCCUGGACGUUCCCGCUGCCCGGGCCUGUGAUGGAGGGGCCGUGAGCUCAGAGCCGGAGGAGGAGGAGGAGGAGGAGGAGGAGGAGGAGGACGGAGCUCUGGGAGAUGAGGAGGAUGGGGCAGAGGUGUGCACGGGGCAGGUGGCAGCCCCAUUCUUGCAGACUCUUGGCCAGGACCCCAGGGGCACGCCUAGGCCCCCACCCCACCCUUUGCGAGCUCGGGAAGACCCUGCCAGAAACCCCACCAAGGCCCCGCCCGGCUGGAGCCUGGACCAGCAGCUCAAGCAGAACGGCGCCCAUGCCUGGAGUGAGGAGGCAGAUGGUCGGGGACGAGAGGUCUCUCGAGACUUCGCCAAGCUGUACCAACUGGACGCCGACCCCGGGCGGAAGCUGUUCCUGGAUGACCUUUUUGUCUUUAUGCAGAAGAGGGGCACCCCCAUCAGCCGCAUCCCCAUCAUGGCCAAGCAGACGCUGGACCUGUACCUGCUGUACAAGCUGGUGACGGACAAGGGGGGGCUGGUGGAGGUCAUCAACAGGAAGCUGUGGAGAGAGGUCACCAAGGGCCUCAGCCUGCCCACCUCCAUCACCAGCGCCGCCUUCACGCUACGCACCCAGUACAUGAAGUACCUGUACGCCUACGAGUGUGAGCGGAAGGCGCUGAGCUCUCCGGCCGAGCUGCAGGCCGCCAUCGACGGUAACCGGCGGGAGGGCCGGCGGCCCAGCUACAGCUCCCCGCUGCUUGGCAGCCCGCCCGCGGCCUCCGCCCUGCUGGCCGCGCCCAAGGCCCGCGGCCCCGGGUCCGGGUUGACGUCCAGCAGCCCGCGCGUGUCCCCCGCGGCCGCGCUCAGAACAGGGGACGGCGUGCCCAGCAGCCAGCAGCCAGGCUCCCGCGUGGAACAGCCGCUGGACAGGAGGCUUCGGCCGCCCGCGGAGCCGCGCCCGGCACCCCCGGCCUUCAAGCGCGGCCUGCUGGGUGUGGCGACGCCGCUGCCCCUGAGGAUCCGCCUCAAUGGCCGCGCGGAGGACCGAGCGGAGCCGGCGGCCCUGAGCCUGGCGCCCGGCGGCGUGGGUCGCAUCGGCGUGUCCCUGGACAUCGACGGCACCACCUACACAGGUGUGCUGUUCGCACAGAAGCCGGUCGUCCACCUCCUGGCGGGCACAGCCCCCCCGGUUGUCGCCGGCCCGUCGCCUCGCUGCUCUGCUGCCCCCCCUGCAUCUCGGGGCGCCGAGCCCCCCACCAGCUGGUCUCUGUGACGCCCCUGGAAGCCGCACACGUCACCUCACCGGGAGCUGCCCCUCGUGUCGGGUCCUGCCGCGGGGACGGAGGCCACGUCGCCCCUCAGGGAUCGCGGGGGCCCCGCCACCCCCGCUGGGCGUAGUGUGUCGACAAUCUGUCCCCCACUUGGGGCUGGAGGCCUCCAGGCGCCCCUUAAUUUAUUUCCUGCCUGCCUCGGGGGCACCCUGUCCCCGCCCGCCCGCAGGCUCUGCUAGGGGCACCCGGCGCCCCGUCCCCGUUCCCACAGCCCCGGCGCCCGCCGGGUCCAGAUACCUCAGACCUGGGACCGUCACCGUGAAUGUCCCAUGGGACGCGCCCCAGCUCCUCCGGCCACCUUCGUGUCGCUGACGACUUUGUGUAGCACCAAAGAGGCGCCCCUGCCCCGGGCACAGCUGCCCUCAUCCAGCCGGGGCAGGAGACUCAGGGAGUGGUGGUGGGGUGCCGGCUGCCCGCCCCAGUGCCACCCUCCCGCACCCAGCCGGGAUGGGCAGCGCAGCACCUACCUCAGCCCGGUCCCAGCGGGCAGGCGGGUGGGCCAGCGUCCCCCGACCCCUCAGGCCGCGCACAGGCAGGCAGCCCGAGGGCGCCCAGUGCCCUGUCCCCACGGUCUACUUCAAUAAACCUACCUCCACGC